UCUUAUCGCGAUGUGUUGAUUAACUUGCAGAUUUCGUUGCAAACAAUAGUGUAGUUAACAAAGUGAACUUGUGACAAAAUGGCAGAGCCAAAUAAAUUUGGUGAUGUGGCUUCUCCGCAGCAGGAGGAGCAAAAAUUGAGCUAUCUGCAAAAAUUAUGGCGAUUUCGCCAUUAUCUAGUUGUUGAGCCGAUUUUAGUUUUAUAUGUGUCAGUAGCCUAUUGGAAUUCAAUUGCAACGAGGAACUUUCCGUUGGAGAAAGCGUGUCGCGUGAAUCUACACUUUAACGUUCCAACCUGCAUCGCGAUACUCGACAAAGGCAAUUACGGUAUUGACUGCGACCCCUUUGAGGCACAACUUCAAAAUGUAACUAUUCAAGGGCCAACGCCUGAGGAGUUACUUGUGGAUGUCGCCUCGCCGCUUUUCAAUUUCACCGUUUGCAAAGCGGAAGUUCAGGCACAAAAACUUAACGCUGAUGUUAACGGAAUACGUUCACCAAUUGGUGCUAUAUUUCCGUUGAUCAUAUUGAUAUUUGCUGGCGGAUGGGCGGACAAAUUUAAUAAACGUAAACCAGGAAUGAUAAUUCCAAUUGUGGGUGAAGUUCUUCAGAAUAUUUGUCAGCUCAUAUCGGCGAUAUAUUUUGAUAGCAUUCCCUUUGAGUUCGGAAGCUAUGCAGAAGUUAUUGUGCCGUCACUUUUCGGCAGUCUCACCUUAUUUGUGAUGUCAGCGUAUAGUUAUAUGACCAUAUCAACUCCAGAGGAAGAUCGAGUCUUUCGCUUUGGCAUCUUUUCUAUGGUUGUAACAGGAUUGUCAUUUAUAGGUCUCCUGAGUGGAUCGCUGUUGGCAUUAAUAGGCUAUAGAAAUUGCUUUAUAUUAAGUUUGGUCUCUCAAAUUCUUGCCAUACUCUACAUUGUCUUCUUUAUAAAGGAGCCUAAGCCACUAACCAAGGCGAAAGUAGAGCCAACUGCGACAGCUCCUCAUCCACAAAAUCAGGCAGUUGACAAUUUGGCAUAUGAGACAACCAACUUGGAUGAGGUGCCCGUGAAUAAAAGUUUUCAGUUGAAUCCACAAUUGGCGCCACCAAGAGUCGAACCUCCCCCAGUGCCCAGAAGACGUAAUCUGUGCAAAGAACUCUUUGAUCCCACGCUGCUGAAACAACUUAUCUAUUUCCCAUUUGCAAAACGAGAGAACAAUGAUAGAUUUAUAUUACUGAUGUUGAUUUUGGCUUAUUUCUUCACUGUUAUAGCUCCUGUAAGUGAAGAUAGUUACCAAUAUCUUUUUUCUUUAAAAAAGUUAGGAUGGAAUGGCGAAGACUACAGCGUCUAUGGAUCUGUUGGUGGAGGAUUAGCUGUUCUUGGAACCUUUAUUGGCACAACAAUCUUCAGUAAAAUAUUGAAAAUCUCGGACUCCAUAAUUGGCAUGUGGUCUUCUGUCUUUAUCACUGCGUCUCACUUCGUAUUUGCUUUUUCAAUUAAUUCCUGGAUGUUUUAUCUUGGCAAUGUGUUUGAUAUGUUUGCUUCGUUACGAGUUAUUCCCAUUAAAUCAAUUGGAUCCACUAUAGUUGCUGACGAUGAGCUAAGCAAAAUGUUCUCAUUUUUUGGCAUUUGUGAACCAAUAGCAGGAUUUAUAUUUGCGCCCAUCUACAGCCUGAUUUACACGUCAACCAUCGAUUCUUUUCCGGGUGCCUUUUUUUUGUUCAGUAAUAUCUUUAUUGCUCCCAACAUACUCGUUUUUAUUGUCAUCUAUAUUGCAAUGCGUCGUCGUCCAGUGAAAGAUAAUUCGAUGGAGUUGGCUCAGAAGAACGGACAAGAAAAUUCCGGACGAGAUAACGAGAUAACACAUUUGUGAUUCCGAAAAUCUUAUAAACAUAUUUUUCAAGAAUGACUAAGUUUAGAUUUGCGUCUAUAUAUAAAUACAGAAAUACAUAAGCCAGUUGAUAGAUUGUUAAUUUUGUGUUCGACAAGUUAAUGCCGCUUAAGGUGCUGGGCAGAAGAAAUCACGAAAUUCCCAACGUCCAUAAAUGGCAAGACAAGUUUGAUGACUUGAAGAGUGCAAAGAGAUACUGCUAAUUGAACAUCUUCAGAAUAAAAGUGAGCA